AUGUUGAUAUAUACAAGAUAUGCAAAUUCCUCACAGGAGGCUGCGGCGGCCAGAUGUUCGCUGGGUGUAACAGAAACGAGCAAAACGUGUCGGAGAAAAAGGAAGGAAGGCGAAAAUGAAAAUAGCAUGACAAAUAAAUAUGUGGCAAAAGAAGCGACCCGCGGGCGAGGCCGGGGGACGCGGGCUGCGGGCUGCGGGCGGCGCGGGGAGGGGCCGAGGGAGGGGGGGUGCCAUAUAUCGGAGCGGGUAAUAUCAGCUUUUAUUAGUUUUUUCGGCGACAACCCUCGCGAGCCGCAUAUUUGCUUUGAUGCCGCGCGCCUCGCUCCUCGCUCCACAUCCGAGGCCCCUCUGUAUGGAGACGUUCGGGCCAUUUAUUGUCAUUGUUCUCGAAUUCAUUAUCCGGCUCGGGACGCACCCUCGACACUACGACACAAUACACCCGUAAAACGAUUAGUCCGAUUUAAUACCAGGAAUUUAGGAAAUUGGCCAGUGCUGCCCGGCCGGCUGGUCGGCGAGGCUCGUGAUGUAUGUCUAGUAUGCGAGCCAGGUCCAAGUCGUGUCGUGUCCGUGUCCGUGUCGUCGCGGCGUCGUGUCGCCGAGCGCUCGCCUCCAUUCAGUGGUAUUAAUAGCGUCGCCGACGAUUGA